ACACACCAUUCACCACUAUAUAUAAUGAGUCCUUCAUGCCUUAAUUCACCAAACCAUCUCCAUAUUUACUAAUCUCUCUACUUUUCAUUUCUUCAGAAGAGUGAACACCAUGGACACUAGUUGUCAACUCAAAUACCAAAUCAUAGCAACACUAACUCAGGGGAUGAAAACUAAUUCCAAUGUUAUUAAAUAUACACAAUUAUUCAUUUCAAUAUCAGUGUUUUCAUUCAUUUUUGCACCUUCUUCAUUGUUUGUUUUCCUCCAUUACUUCAAAUUCUAUUUCUCAACUUUACCUUUUCAACUCUUUACUCACAACAUAGACAAGAACAGCAUGUUCCUCCUUUGUAAUGGUCUCCUUGUUUUUGUUGGUUUAAUAACCAAAUCUUUCUCAUCUUCUUCUAGUGAUACUGAUGAUCAUGAACUUUCAAAGAACACACAAGUUUCAUCAUCAUCACCACAAUAUAUUGAAGAAGAAGAUGAAGAAGGUUCACAAUCUCAUAUCCUUGAUGUUGAGGUCAAUGAGCCAAUGUUGGAGAGAGAAGCUGAGAACACAACUAGUGAACAAGAUGAACAAAGUGCUGAAGAAGAGGAAGAAAAAGUAGAAGAAGAAAACAUUGAAAACAUAAUUAUGAUUGAUCAAGAAGAAGUUGAACUAUUUGAUGGAGAAGACAAAGAGGAAGAUAAAGAGUCAGAAAUUGAAGAAAACAGUAUAGAAGAAGAGGAAGAAGAAGAUUAUGUAGAAGAAGAAGAAGAAAGUAAUAUGUUAAGUACCGAAGAGUUAAACAAAAAGUUUGAAGAUUUCAUUAGAAAAAUGAAGGAAGAUCUAAGAAUUGAUGCCAGACGGCAUUUAGUAAUGGUCUGAUUUAGUUAAAAACAACCAUGAUCUUUUUUUCUUUUGCCAUGCUUCUUGUGAGUCUAGUAAUUUUGAAAACUAUGCAUAUUCAACUGUAAAAGUGUAAGAUCUUUAGCACCAGUAUUAUUGUCUAUUGUAAUUCAAUUUAAAAAUUUAGUCUUUGGAAAUAAGAAUUCACCUUUAAAAUUACAUAA